AUGCCGGAUCCACCAGACUUGACGCCUGCACCUCAAGCGCCAGAAUCUCUCCGUUCUGCUCUCUCUGCCGAAGACCUGAGCCCGAAAGACCUCAAACUGUCUACCAGUGACACCUCUACCGCCGUGGGUAAGCCGUCAGCAGAGCAUGAGGAGGUGUCGCCCACGACUUCUGCCAGAUCGAGUCAUGGAGGGUCGCAGGCAACAGAGACUCUCUCACAGCAGGAAGAAAGACUGAACGGGGAGGAUGCUCGAGUGGAAGGAGCUCGGCGGGAAAAGACCGACUCCAUCUCUCAAAGCCCUCCACCGACCACCUCGUCGGGGAUCAAACGAACCGCGAGUGGUGAAGUCAAGAGGCCCAGUGUGGACGCAGUGGAAGAGGGUCCUCCCAGAUCUAACGGCGCGGGUCAUUCUCACACAACGAGCACUGCGUCAAACCAAGGCAAAGGAAAUGUCCUCGAACUCUCACAGCAGUUGCGCACCAAACUGAAAUAUGCCAUGGUCAAAGUCCAGCACGGUUGGCAGACUCGCUCUUUGGACGAAGUAGAGUCUCUGGCCUCGCAAUCACCACGGUCAACCGUGUCUGGAUUUCAGAAUCUCAAUGACCAGCAAUUGCUUUCGCCCAGGACAGCCAUGUCGAGAAAAUACCAACGCGAGUCGAGUGAAAGCGAAUCGUCCGACAGCACGGUGGCUCUCGAAAGCCGCGGGCUGGUGAAUAUGGCGGGUAGUCCUCCGGUGCCGUCGCAUCGGGCUCUGGCUCCCCCGGCCGACAUAGUUCCUGGUUCUCGUCGGCGCCCGACUCCCAACGCGGCGUUCCAGAGCGUCAAUGGAAUCCACGUCCAGACUCGAAAUUUGCAGUCUUCACGGCCGCACACGAGUCAGCGGACUCCCAGUCAGAAUGCUGCAAUGGAAGCAGAUGCGGUGGAAACCCUUCUUUUCAUGGCCAGCCCCAGCAAUUCAGGAUACAACCCACCCUCCCAUGCUUCGCAGGAAUCUUCCCUUCGGUCCGCACAGGUGUUCUCGUCACAGACCUCACCACUGCGAGCCCAGUUCAGCCAGACAUCGGUCACAUCCCCCAAGAAAGUAGUGUUUUCCGAUGCCGGUUCCACGGAGCCUCCCUUUGACAAGGCAGCCCUCAUUGACCGGAUGCUGGACGAACUAUCGGACGACAGCGACGAUGAGUUGGAGCAAGCCUUCCGACUUGCCGAGAAGAGCAAAAUCUCGGCGCCGGUCUCUACGUGA